UUGAAUACAACGAACGGGAUAAGGCUGUACGUGCCGCUUAAUCAUACUAAAUAGAAGUUUGACUUAAUCUUUUGAUUUAAUAAAAUACUAAAACAUCAGUGAUUAAAAUAAUACUAUUGGAUUAUUCCAAUAAUUCUCUAAGCUUUUUGUAAACUUCUUAAACCAGAGUGCCGUGAAGGGAGGAAUUUUUAGAACAAACUUGCUAAAUACUUAAGAAAUAAAAAACAAAAACAUGAUGCCCGUAAACUUUUUGGGAUUUAUUCCGAUGCUGACCUUGGCGCUGUUGGUGGUUAUUGUGGCGGGACGGUCUCUUGAGUCAAACGUCUCUGGUGCGGAACAAAUGCAAAAUGAUGGUCUUAUCAUAAUGGCUGAAGACGGUUUGCGGAAAUACAAUGGACCAGCAGUACACCACUUCGCCAGACACGGUCUGUGUAACCAUAGUUUCGGCAAGGUUAGAUUCUUCAGGGCGCUCCAGAAGCACUUCCAUAACAUAUCAGAUGAUAUGAAAAUCGCAUUUGUCCUUGAUAUCUGCAAGAGACGAGAUCAUAUGCUUACUAAGUGGGUUCAGGAAAUAUUUGAUAAAGACGGUGACGGAUACAUCAGCCAUUUUGAAAGGGAGAUAGACAGAUGAGCCCAUUACGACAGCGUUCGUCACACACAAUGAAGAACAGCUAUGUAAUACAUCUGUGUAACGUGUAACAGUAUAUUUGUACCGGAUACGUUAUUGAGGAAAAAUCUGUCUCCUUCCAAAGGGAUGUUACGGUCUGACGAUUAAAAUGGAAAUAUAGCGUGUCUAAAUCUUAAGUCCCUUUAACAUUUUGAAUACAAUUCUCCAAUGUGCUGGGCGUAUGCGAUACUACCAGAAACCCUCUAGUUUCAAGAACAAGAAAGAAACGAACAUAUGUUGAGAGAACAUCGAAAAUAUACGAGAAAUUCUCUUUGACAAAAUGACCUUUCUAAAUAUUGCCAAUGUUUCCGAUUCGUUACGUUAGCGUAUCCUUAUGCACAUCACUACAGUCUGUGAUAACCCUGUUUUCGGGGUAUUUGUGGAUUUAUUGAUUGUCAAUGUUGUUGUUUUCAUUUUACAAACAUACUUAAUAUGUUGUACGCAGACAACACGAACACGUGUAGACACUGCAUUGUCUAGUCAUCUUUGUUAAAUUAUAUUUUGCUUUUUUGCAUCCCUUAUUCCACCAUGUUAUUAUUUACUCUAAUGCGCGUCCAAAAUAAAAAAAAAACAACAACAAAAAAACACAAAUACAACAAGAUCGACCGCAUAGUGUUGCGUACAUUUGAUUUAAAAAACUCAUGUGUACAUAUUUACUUUAUAUGUAUAUUGAAAUAUGUUUCAAUUUUAUAUGUGAUUAAAAACUACAUGUAUUUAAUUGUA